AUGGCAAAUACUGAACGAGGAGGAACGAUUAGGGACUAUAUUGAAGCUCGUAAAAAAGGAGGAAUGACAUGGGACGAAUUUCGCAAACUCAGAUCAGAAAAUAAAGGACCAGAAGUUUCCGAUUUUGAACUUAUCAAGUAUCGUAAAAAAUUGGACGAAGAAAGAGAGGCAAAAUUGAAAUCUGCCUCGUCCACCAAUAAAAAGAAGAAGAAACAUAGUCGUCGUGAGCACAGAAAAAAAAGUGUAUCAAGGAGCCGUAGUAGGAGUCGCAGUAGGAGUCGUAGUAGGAGUCGUAGCAGGAGUAAAGAUAGGAGUGACAAAAGUGAUGAUAUGACUAAAGAACGUAUAAAUAUCGAACGUGAAUUGAAGUAUGAUAAACAUCACAGUAAGGAAAAGCAUCAUAAAUCAGCGAAGCGUAAAUUUAGGAGUUCGGAAGAACGAACCUCUUCAGAUUCAGAUCACAAAGGGCACAAUGACAACCAUAGGAAACAUCAUGGACAUCAUAGUCAUUCACAUAAGAAACAUAAACAUAAGAUUAAAGAGGAGGAACAUCGUGGAGAUACACCUGUACGGUUAUCAGAGUUUCUUAAACAUGGAAGUAGUAGUUCGGAUGAAUAA